AUGGACCAUUGUCUUUCCGUCCUCAAGGCGUUUCCGCCCGAAAACCUGUAUCUAAAGGAAGAGGCCUACCAUACGGGAAUCAGAUCGCAUCUGGCUAGCCUAGAUGGUCUCCUCGCUAAGCACCUUGGAAACCUUGUUGCCCAUGCUGAGGCAGUACUCGCCGCCCUUGAUCCUUCCUUCCACACCACAUCUUACAUCACAGUGCUCGAGGCGGUAAUAAAGACAGAUCCGAAGAGCUUGGCCUCUCGAGAAGCCCUGCUUGAUAAUAUCCUCCGUUGCCUUGUGCUUUUCGACCCACGACAGGUCCGCUACGUUGGCGCAGCCUUUAGAGCUAUCCUCGAGCAUGUGCUGCUCACCAAGACCUUUUCGCCCCGGAUUGCGGUCGAUGCCGCUGUCGCUGCCAUCUUGAGACUUGACCCUGAUAGCAGGGUUCUUACAUCUAGCCACUGCAUCCUCGCCAAUCUGGCAUACACUACCGGAUGCCUUGAGUAUGCCCGUCCCGUCCUCGAAAAACCCAUCCUCUUCUUCCCCGAGCCGAAUUUUAAACCGAGAUUUCUAUGCGAAAAAUCCCUACCUCCAUCCGCCUACGUCACCUACGGCACCGGCCUGAGCGCUCGUCUUUCGUCGACCAGCCUACUCGAAUAUGACCUGAUGCGUGCCAUGAUGCAUAUCCAGCACCAGGAAUGGGCUCCUGCGCUCGACGCCCUCGAACAGUGUAUUUCUCACCCAACGGACGAGAAUGCUGUGAGCACCAUUAUGCUCCAAGCCUUCUUCAAAUGGACGCUUGUGAGCCUGUUACUCCACGGUCGAAUCAUCGGCCUCCCGGGAAAUCCGCUCUCGGGUGCUGCAGCCGCAUUUGAUGGGCUAGGAGAGCCGUAUCUCGAUAUUGAUGGUCUCUUCGCUGAGGAGAACGCUGAGGGUCUCAAGACCCUCCGAGGGCGGCAUGAGGCUAGAUUUAUUGCCGAUGGCAACCUUCGACUAGUUGAUCUAGUCAUUUCUGCCUUCCAGAAGUGGCAGAUCGUGGGCCUAGGAAACCUCUACUCCAAGAUUAGCAUUUCCGAGGUUCGCCAGCUCACCCAAAGCGCCGUGACCGGCAAGCCUCUUGAAACAGACGCGGAGGUAGAGGCUCUACUCAAGAGCAUGAUUGAAUCCAAGAUGUUGAGCGCGACCCUCGAGCCGGCUUCCUUCGGUCGUCCUGCCCACCUCGCAUUCCUGCCAUCGCCAGCCCUGAUUCCCGAGGCCGAAUAUGCGACACAAUUGGAGGCUGCAGUCCAGAGCGUGGCAAAGGUCACUGCUGAUAUCGAGGCCGCCAAUGCGGCUCUUGGCCGGAAUAGAGAGUACCUAAGAUAUCUUCAAAAGGAAAAGAAGAGGCGGGAGAAGGAAGGAGACCCGGCCAUUGAUUUUGAAGCUACUAUUGAAGACGAAGACUUGAUGCUGGGAAUAGGAGGCAAUUCUGCCUAG